CGCUGCAGAGCGGAGAUAGAUUUUAUUUUUUUUUUACAUUUUUUUCCGUCCUCGUUUUACGGACAGACCUGGUCGAUUUGUUGGAGCUCUUUCAUUGAAAUUGAGGAGAUAGUCUGUCCUCCCGAGGGAUGAUUCUUGGCUCCCCUGAGCAGGGAGCGACAGUCCGGCUCCUUCAGUGGAUUUUCGACCUUUUCUGGUGCCUAUGCAGUGGAUCUGAGAGGAGAUGAGAGCCGCGGUCUACCACAUCCUUGCUGGCUACCUCUGCGUGUUACGCACCGUUGCUGAGGAGUCUCCUCUCCCUCAGGAGCUUCUGGAGCGGCUCUCUCGCAGCGAGAUCCGCAGCAUCAGCGACCUCCAGCGGCUGCUAGAGAUAGACUCCGUAGAGAACGAGGUGAUAGAGGAGACCAAACACAGCUACCACAAGGACUUCUCUCACAGCUUCCCCGACCUAAAGAGAGCACACACUCACACCAGGCACAGGAGGAGCGCUGUGGUCGAAGAGGCCUUGCCGGCAGUGUGCAAAGUUCGGACAACAAUUUAUGAAAUUCCCAGGAGCCAGGUGGAUCCCACAUCAGCCAACUUCAUCAUCUGGCCUCCCUGUGUUGAGGUGAAACGUUGCACAGGCUGCUGCAACACCAGCAACAUGAGGUGCCAGGCGGCUCGCAAACACUACCGCACUGUUAAGGUGGCGAAGGUGGAGUACGUGCGACGGCGGCCAAAACUGAGGGAGGUGCAGGUGAGGCUGGAGGACCACUUAGAGUGCAUGUGCACCAACAAACGCCACAUCAGCCCAAACUCAGACACAGACAAUGGCAUCAGGUGAAGCGCAACAGAUUGAUAAAGGCGUGGAGGAGACAAAGAGGAUGAUGGUGUGUAACGGAAAACAGGGACAAGCACCUUCUGCCUAUGACUCCUUUACCACCUGCCAUCAAAGCGACAGUGAAAGGUUUGACGGAGCAUAUUUUGCCUCAUGAGCUUUGGGAGGUUGGAUGGAGGAUUACUGACUCACCUCAUAAGUACUCUGAAACAUUUUCCAAAAAGCAAAGCAUCAACUCACAGACAUGAACUCCAAAUUUGCUGACGAUUCUUUGAUGGAGACAAGAAGCUAUGAGAUGAUUAAAAAGAAGCAGAACUGAGGCGGGUUCUAGGAUAUUGAAGGACUUAUUUUCUAUAUCCUGCUCCUUCUCCAGAGUAUAAACCGCUCAGUGACUCGGAUUAUAAACUGGACAAAAUCCUUUCUAGAAACAGUGACUGGGAUUAGUUUUUGUACUCCAAGAUUUACUCUUCCUCAGAAAAGCACUCACACGUAUAUCCUCUUAUUUUUAUAACCUCUCAUUUUCUACUGCUAUCAGUUUCUAUUUCUGAUAUGUUAUCCAAAUAAAGAAUGGAUGGGGAAAGAGCCUUCCUAUA